UCCACCCUUUCCUUCAGCCCCGAAUUCCUCCGUCCGCUCUCGCGGCUCCUCCCGGGCCCGUGCUCCUCGCCGCCCCGCCGCCCAGCCCGCUCCAGUCUCGUCCACUUCCUUUCGCUCCCAGGCCAGGCGCUCUCGGGUCCUGCUGUGCUCCCCGCAUUCCUUCCUUCCUGCCUUGCACUUCACCAUCGCCCCCCCCCCCGCCUCCCCAUCCCUGAGGCCCCGUUAGGUGUGGAUCCCCCCUCUCCCUCUCCACCGCACACACAACUGGCCCCCCGCUUCGCUCAUGCAGUCUUCAAUGAAAUGCCUGUGUCUCCUGGGCGGCUGGAGUGCCACCUUCCAGGUAUUAUGUGCCAAGAACCUUGCAAAGAAAGACUUCUUCAGACUCCCCGACCCCUUUGCAAAGAUUGUUGUGGAUGGAUCUGGGCAGUGCCACUCAACGGACACUGUGAAAAACACAUUGGACCCAAAGUGGAACCAGCACUAUGAUCUAUAUGUUGGGAAAACUGAUUCUAUAACCAUCAGCGUGUGGAACCACAAGAAAAUUCACAAGAAGCAGGGAGCUGGCUUCCUGGGCUGUGUGCGGCUGCUCUCCAAUGCCAUCAGCAGAUUAAAAGAUACUGGAUACCAGCGUUUGGAUCUAUGCAAACUAAAUCCCUCAGAUACUGAUGCAGUUCGUGGCCAAAUAGUGGUCAGUUUACAGACACGAGACAGAAUAGGCACUGGAGGGUCUGUGGUAGACUGCAGAGGACUGUUAGAAAAUGAAGGAACCGUGUAUGAAGACUCCGGGCCUGGAAGGCCACUCAGCUGCUUCAUGGAGGAACCCGCCCCUUACACAGAUAGUACCGGUGCUGCUGCUGGUGGAGGGAACUGCAGGUUUGGGGAAUCCCCAAGUCAAGAUCAAAGGCUUCAGGCACAGCGGCUUCGAAAUCCUGAGCUCCGAGGGUCCCUCCAGACGCCUCAGAACCGCCCCCAUGGCCACCAGUCCCCGGAACUGCCCGAAGGCUACGAACAAAGAACAACAGUGCAGGGGCAAGUUUACUUUUUGCACACACAGACGGGAGUGAGCACGUGGCACGACCCCCGAAUACCAAGAGACCUUAACAGUGUGAAUUGUGAUGAACUUGGACCACUGCCACCAGGUUGGGAAGUCAGAAGUACAGUUUCUGGGAGAAUAUAUUUUGUAGAUCAUAAUAACCGAACAACCCAGUUUACAGACCCACGGUUACACCACAUCAUGAAUCACCAGUGCCAACUAAAGGAGCCCAGCCAGCCGCUGCCGCUGCCCAGCGAGGGCUCAGUGGAAGACGAGGAGCUUCCCGCCCAGAGAUACGAAAGAGAUUUAGUUCAGAAACUGAAGGUCCUCAGGCACGAGCUUUCACUUCAGCAACCCCAGGCUGGUCAUUGCCGCAUUGAAGUAUCCAGAGAAGAAAUAUUUGAGGAGUCUUAUCGCCAGAUAAUGAAGAUGCGUCCAAAAGACUUGAAAAAACGACUAAUGGUGAAAUUUCGUGGAGAAGAAGGUUUGGAUUAUGGUGGAGUGGCAAGGGAGUGGCUUUAUUUAUUGUGCCAUGAAAUGCUGAAUCCAUAUUACGGGCUCUUCCAAUAUUCUACGGACAACAUUUACAUGUUGCAAAUCAACCCAGAUUCGUCCAUCAACCCUGACCAUUUGUCUUAUUUCCAUUUUGUUGGUCGGAUCAUGGGUCUGGCUGUGUUCCAUGGACACUACAUAAAUGGGGGUUUCACAGUCCCCUUUUAUAAGCAGCUACUGGGGAAGCCCAUCCAGCUCUCUGACUUGGAAUCGGUGGACCCAGAACUACAUAAGAGCCUAGUGUGGAUUCUAGAGAACGAUAUCACGCCCGUGCUGGACCACACUUUCUGUGUGGAGCACAACGCUUUCGGGAGGAUUCUUCAGCAUGAGCUGAAACCCAACGGCAGAAACGUCCCCGUCACGGAGGAGAACAAGAAGGAAUACGUCCGGUUAUAUGUAAAUUGGAGGUUUAUGAGAGGAAUCGAAGCCCAGUUCUUGGCUCUUCAGAAGGGGUUUAAUGAGCUCAUUCCUCAGCACUUACUGAAGCCCUUUGACCAGAAGGAACUAGAGCUGAUCAUCGGCGGCCUGGACAAGAUAGACCUGAGCGACUGGAAGUCCAACACGCGGCUGAAGCACUGCGCGGCCGACAGCAACAUUGUCCGGUGGUUCUGGCAGGCGGUGGAGACCUUUGACGAGGAGAGGAGGGCCCGGCUCCUGCAGUUCGUGACGGGGUCCACCCGCGUCCCCCUCCAAGGCUUCAAGGCUUUGCAAGGUUCUACAGGCGCCGCAGGGCCCCGGCUGUUCACCAUCCACCUGAUCGACGCCAACACAGACAACCUUCCGAAGGCCCACACCUGCUUUAACCGGAUCGACAUUCCACCUUAUGAGUCUUAUGAAAAGCUCUACGAGAAGCUGCGGAUAGCGGUGGAAGAGACCUGUGGGUUCGCUGUGGAGUGAAGAGCAACCAAAGGCAACAGAUUCUAGCUCACGACCACCAGACCAAAGCCUGCCGCUUUCUGCGCGCCGCCUGCAAAGCGGGCUGAGGCACGGGAUUCUCGAGGACCUGGGGAGGGCGUCUCCCCGCCGCGGUGUUGGGGAGCAAGGGGCAGGGGACUUUGGUUCAUGGCUCCCACCCACCUUUCCUCCUUUAUGACAGUGCUCCCACCCCUCCAUCACCCAUCCAAUAAAAUGCAGCCAGGGUUAAAUCUGGCUUCGCUCACACAGGAUAUUCUGCUCCAGUUGUAACAUCUGGCCAUAGGCUCACUGCCCUGUGGUGUUUACAGGAGGAUCUCCCCGAGUCAUGAACUGAGCUCAGCCUUCUGCGGGUUUGGACCUGGUAGCUACGCUAGCGAUUCUGCCUCAGAACAGUCCUGAGGCCCCUUUCCAGUUCAGCAGCUCAAAUUCCAAAUCUCACGUCCUAGCAGCCUGCUCUGGUCGCAGAUUAACUCUCACCUGAAAACUUACUGUAAAAUACAUGCUCCCUGCGACUCUGCCACCGCAGGAGAUUCAGUCCUAAACGUGCUUCCCUUUGUGAAAGUAAAGGAACAGGGGCAGCGUUAGCUGGAGGCCAGGGUCUUUCUUUCCAGGGUGUCCUGAUUGAAAAUUUUGUUUUGCGGAGAGAGAAAUGAUCUUUCCUUUUAAGAGUCCUUUUUGCCACAUUAUCUACCCAGUUUAAAAUAUUUUCCCAGUAGAAACACCACGUAACCGAGCUCCCAAGCUGUGGCUCCUGCCCCGCAGAGAGUUUAGCUGGGCCAUUCGGAUACUAACAAACUAUUAUGCGGAAAUUGCUAACAGCUGCACUAAUAAAGCAAAAUUCUGUUACGAUAGCUGCUGGUUUGGUGCAGACGAGCUUAAAAGGGAGAGAGGGAACGGGUAACCUCAAUGACCGAAAUCCACCCCAAGUUACUGUUUUACAAGAAGAGGGUGUGGGUGUGACCCUGACAGCAGAGGGAGAGCCGCCCUGACCCAUGCCCCACGUCAGGUGGUGCCGCUGACAAAUGCCACUUGAUUUACUUGCCCUGAUGUCUUCAUGUGAUGAGCAAGGCCAAAGCACGCCGAGACCCGAAGUUCCUAGCGCCGUUUUCCAAUUUGCACAAAAGUUUGGACAGUGUUUUAACAAGCAGCUUGAUUCCAGGGAGCUGAGCUCCGUGAAGAACGGCAGCAGCCACCGGUUUUCCCGUCUGGGUUUUGUUGUUUCUGUUUAGGGGCAAGUGCAGGGUCAUUCAUUAGCGAGACGUUUCCCUGUUGAAAUUUCGCUGUUGAGGCUUCUGAAUUAGCCGUUGGGAUCCGGCUGUGGGUCAGGUGGGUUUGGAAGGAGCGUUUGGCCAGCUGUCCCGCUGUUCUGCUGUCACUGAUGCUGGACCGUGGGGUGUGGAGGCACACCUGCUUCUGCACCUUGCGGGGUUCCCUUGGCUUGCCCUAGAGGCAGUCUGUCAUUUGACGUGGGCGUGCGCAGACCCUCCCCCUGCACAGAGGUCUGUCCAGUUUGUGGAUUCUGAGAGCUGAGCCUCUGGGCUACUUUCUGGGGCUCAGAUAGAAGGGAUGUCACGUGUGACUUGCUGUAGAAGGAAAACGUAGUCCAGUCACUAAGUCCCGGCCGAACUGUGGGCUUUGUCUCCAGGAGUUCCGCUUGGUCCCCGUGGGGCUUGUCCUGUGCCUCAUUUUCCACGAUGCUUUCUGAGGGCAUCCUAGACGCUCAGUGAUUCCCUCCGGUCCUCAUAAUCUUCUGGAAGGAGGAGGGAAUGGAAAGUACAGACCUCCCACCAGGUAGGUCCUCUCUCCCGUGAGCCUGCCCGGUGGGAGGAGGAGAGGACAUCCGUCAGGGCUGGCAGGCCUCGCGGCGGAGGUAGGACCUUGCCUGUGGCGGGAAACGAGGGUCCAGAGGUGGGAAGGACUUGGAGGCAGGAAGGUUGCAUUUGACUCCUUUAUAACCGCCUUCCUGCCGUGGGAAGGAGCCAGGGAACCAUCCUCCGAAUCGGCACCUGCCGGCCCCGCCUGUUCUCGCCGGUCAGGUGUUGCCUCAGUGAGAUCCAGAGGGUCAUGUCUGGUCCUCCGGGAGCUGCUUGGGGCAGGAGUCACCCGCCCAUAAGGCCUGGGUCUCCGCUUUUGUACUUACACUUGCCCGUGGGCGCCUCGCCAGCUGUGCUACGAGAAGCCUAGAAAGCAGACCUUCCCAGAGCUCGUUUACUCUUGCCAAACAGGCCUACCUGUCCGUGGCAUUGCACUUCUAGAACCUUAAAUACUGACAAUUGUUUGGGCCUUUUGAACCACCCCAAAGAAUAGUGUAGCACGCAGUUGGUAAAAGCUCCCAUGACUAACUCUGGGUCUGCAGGAGCCCUUCACACGCCUGCUCUCCUCUGUCCCUUCUCGGGAUCCCAGAGGCCAGCCCGGCCCGUGCCUCUGCCCAGACGCUCCGCCCGACUUUCAGGCUUGCCCUCACCAGCCGUCAGCAGCCGACCCUCAGGGAUGUAGCAGACCACCCUCUGCCAGCGCUUUAGGUGGGAAAGCGAAGGGGUUGCUGUGGGGAGAACCCGCCUGCCCUGGGUCCCAAUUCAGGGGCGAUGGUCCUCGAAGCUGAGCUGUCAGGAGGGGCCUGUGCAGAGAAAGGGCCCGCCCCACCCCCGCAGCCAGGUGCGCGCCACACGGCAGCCUUCCCGAAACAUAGUAUGAAUUUUUAAAAUUUGUUUAUUUUUGUUUCUCAACCACUUUAUAAUGUAUUUAAUUUAUUUUGUAAUGUCUUGUUUUUAAGUAUUGCUGCUAUCCUUGUUAUUCUUCCCACUGUUUUUAUUGCUGAUUUAUUUUGUGAAAGUUGUACACUAAUGUUCUGUUUUAUGUCAAAAUCAAAAGUAUUUAAAGAAAUACUAGUUCUAUUUAAUGUGGUUAUGGAACCAGCUGGAAACACAAAACAAACAGCGACUGUACAGCAGGCUGGACCCGGGAGGGUAGGUUCAUUUUGUUACAUAUGCAAUAAACUCACGACUUUACAUGA